AUGAAGUUUGUAAGAAAGAGGUUGCAAAUCGUGAAGUGUGAAAAGUGUGAGUUCUUCGACAUCAGUCACGUGUUCGCAGAGGAUGACAAGUACCUAACUUUUGAUAGAGAUGAGUUAGUUGCAUAUGCGGACAACACCGGUCACAUCACGGCGGCAGGAGUUAAAUUAUGUGAACCAGUAUUUGAGAAACUUGCAAAGAAAGUUAUGGACAAUGUGUAG